CGCGCACUCCGAGGACACUUCACUUCACGCAGCGGGACUACAACUCCUCUGAUGGGCCGCGCGUAUGGCAUCCACGCCCCUGCCCCCGCUCCCGCUCCUCGCUCCGGUGGUGGCCAGUCUCCGUAGGGGAAGCAGACGAAGAGCGGGCCGGAUGUCAUGGCUUGUCCCGCGAAGAGCAGCGUUCAAGCGGCGUUGGUUGUCCUCUCCGUCGCCCACCUCACCGCAGCUCUGAAGUGCGUGUGCCAGCUCUGUGCCAACCACACCUGUGAGACGUCUGCAGAUGGAGCGUGCUGGAACUCUGUGAUGCUGGUCGGGGGGAAGGAGAGGGUGGACCAGACCUGCCUGACGCCCGCUGAGAUGAGGGGUCAGCUCUUCUGUUACGGCUCCUGGAACGUGUCCAAGAGGAACUGCUGCUUCACUGACUUCUGCAACAAUCACACACUGCAUCUACACACAGAGCGUCCAUCGCAGGAGGAGGGGGGCUGGAGCAGGCUGCAGUGGGUGAUCCUGGUCCUGGUGCUGUCCUCUGUGCUGUGUGUGGCGGUGCUGUUGGCGGUGUGCGUGGUACAGGGUACACACAGGUGCACCUACGGCCGGGCCCACAAACAGGACCCCGAGGAGCCGCUGGACGACCAGGUGCUCAUGUCUCCGGACAAGUGUCUCCGAGAGCUCAUCUAUGACAUGAGCACCUCCGGCUCUGGGUCAGGUCUCCCUCUGCUGGUCCAGAGAACUAUAGCUCGCACCAUUGUCCUGCAGGAGAGCAUUGGGAAAGGGCGCUUUGGGGAGGUGUGGAGGGGGAAGUGGAGGGGAGAGGACGUGGCUGUGAAGAUCUUCUCCUCCAGAGACGAGCGCUCCUGGUUCAGAGAGGCUGAGAUUUACCAGACUGUGAUGCUUCGCCAUGACAAUAUCCUGGGGUUCAUCGCCGCUGACAACAAAGACAAUGGCUCGUGGACUCAGCUGUGGUUGGUGUCAGAAUACCACGAGCACGGCUCUCUGUUCGAUUAUCUGAGCAGGUUCACUGUGUCUGUGGAGGGUAUGAUCCUCCUGGCCCUGUCCAUCGCCAGCGGCCUGGCACAUCUGCACAUGGAAAUCAUCGGCACACAGGGGAAACCUGCCAUCGCCCACAGAGACCUCAAGUCUAAAAAUGUUCUGGUGAAGAAGAACGGCACUGCAGUCAUCGCCGAUCUGGGUUUGGCUGUGAAACACGACUCUACCAGAAACUCCAUUGACAUCCCGACCAACCACAGGGUCGGGACUAAAAGGUACAUGGCCCCUGAAGUCCUGGAUGAGACGAUCAAUACCACAAACUUUGAGUCAUUUAAACGCGCAGACAUCUACUCACUGGGGCUGGUGUUUUGGGAGCUCGCACGGAGAUGUUCUGCCAGAGGGUUUCAUGAGGAUUUCCAGUUGCCUUACUACGACAUGGUGCCUUCAGAUCCCUCUGUUGAGGACAUGAGGAAAGUGGUGUGUGAGCAGAAAUACAGACCCAACGUCCCUAACCAGUGGCAGAGCUGUGAGGCUUUACGGGUGAUAGGCAAACUGAUGAGAGAAUGCUGGUACACCAACCCAGCUGCCCGCCUCACCGCUCUGAGGGUGAAGAAGACUGUGUCCCAGCUGUCCGUCAACAACGACGUAAAGCUCUAGUGCGACUGUAGGCUGGACAGCACUGCCCUCUGGUGGAUCAGGCGAGCACUGACUGACAGAAGACCAUUAAUGUGAUAGGAAGAGCCAUAAGAGUGUCAAGUUUAUAUUGUAUAUACAAAGGACUACCUCAUGUAUUUAAGUGCCCGAAGCUUGAAGUUGCACCGUGUCACCUUUCUGUGCCAUA